GCACACCUCUGGCGCUGUGCCGUGGCGGCGGUCGUAGUAGUCUCGUAACGGGACCCGCGCACGCAUUGAGACCUUACAGCCUGUGUCCUGUGUGUGUUUGCGCGCGCGCCGGUGUCCGUGCCGGGUGCAACGGGUCUCACUUACUUUCGUUUUCAUGCAGUGCUUUAUAUAUAGCAAGCCCUAACGCAAGCGCUCGCAGCCCGUUCUCGCCUAGCUAGCCUGUCUCUCAGCAUCCCAAGGCUCCCGGUCUUCCCGAGACGAAGAAGCCCUGUGCGAUGCAACUGCGGUCGACGUCGUGCGACCACACCUGCCGACCGCGUGUGCCGCAGUUCGUGGUUGUCGUAGGCACGGUCGUCUGAAGUCGCCCGGGUCCUUCCUCAUUUGCCGAGCGUACGCGCUGGCCGCCGGGGGCGUGUGUGCGCUUGGAUUGUCACGACGACGACGACGCGGUCGCUGAUCGUCAGAUGACGCCUGAAGGACAGCGUUGCCCCGAUGCGACGAGCCAGGGCCCCGAGCACACUGGAUACGAGCCCUCGCGCCGGCUGACGGCCAGGAAACCUAAGGGUGUCAGAUGGCGAUUAGCAGAAGCGAGCGGUGCCACUCCUAUUCUUCCAGUCUUAGUAUUCACAUUUUCAGUCAUUUCACUCGCCAAAGGUCUCAAGAUCAGUCCAAAGUCAUGCGAGAACGCAAUCGGCGAACGGGGUACGUGCAUGUUCGUGUGGGAGUGCAUCAAACUAGACGGAAAGCACCUGGGCACGUGCACGGACGGUUUCCUGUACGGUUCCUGCUGCGAGUACGAUGACAGAAACAGCGUCGCGGGUGGGCUGGCGCCGGAGCCACCGUCUUCGUCGACUACGACGACGACGACGACCACAGAGCCACCAUCGUCACCACCACAGCCUCAAAAGCAGCGUCCCAAGCCUCCGCAGCACGCGAAGCCUACACCGGGCAGGCCCGGCGGGAGCACGAGCUUCAGCACUAUUGCCGUCCCCAGUUAUCCGCAGAGAAACUUUACGCUCAUUUAUCUGACGCCCACAGUCGCCAACGCCACGGUGACCAGGAGGCCCUCGACGCCGACGACAAGAAGGACGUACAGGCCUUCGACGAAGCCCAGUACGGCGUCCUCAUCCUCGUCUACGAGGAGACCCGUGGUAACGACCACUACAACAGCUGCAUCCAGCAGCACUCCUACGGUGGCCAGUGUGGUGGUCACGGCCACCCGGUGGCCGCCGACGUUCCGGCCUCCCGGCAUCACGACCUUCUGGUCACUGUUCAGACCACGACCGACCCUGGUGCCCAUCAUCACGUUCCGGCCCGGCCUCCGGCCUCCGACGAGGCCACCCACGACGACCCAGGAGACUACUCCGAAAACGACCACGACCACUACGAGUACGACCAAGAGCGGCCGCAACGGCCGCAACACGGCACGCAUGGCACAUCACGGCAGGCCAACGACAACGCGGAAGCCGCCCGCCACGUCGGCGGCUCAGAGUGGUAGCGCGUCCACGCCCUCGGGUUCCAAGAAACCGGUGCCACCGAGCCAGCUGCUGAACAAGAGACCCAAAGGGGAGUGCGGGGUACCAUCCAUUGUGCCGCAAACCAAGGUCGUGGGAGGAAAGAGUGCAGCGUUCGGAGCUUGGCCAUGGCAGGUGUCCGUACGGAGGACGUCUUUCUUCGGCUUUUCAAGCACCCAUCGCUGCGGAGGCGCCAUCCUGAACAAAUACUGGAUCGCCACGGCGGGCCAUUGCGUGGAUGACCUGCUUCUGAGCCAGAUUCGGAUCCGAGUGGGCGAGUACGACUUCUCGAGCGUGCUCGAGCCGUACCCGUACGCCGAACGCAGCGCGAAAAAGAAGGUGGUGCACCCGAAGUACAACUUCUUCACCUACGAGAACGACCUGGCCCUGGUCAAGGUGGACGAGCCAUUCGAGUUCAUGCCACACAUCGCGCCCAUCUGCCUGCCACCCGACAACGAGUCCGACGAUCUGAUUGGCCGGAACGCCACCGUCACUGGAUGGGGACGCCUAAGUGAAGGUGGCGUGCUCCCGUCUGUGCUGCAGGAAGUCAAGGUGCCGAUCGUCAGCAACGAAAAGUGCAAGAACAUGUUCCUUGCAGCUGGAAGGCACGAAUACAUACCCAACAUCUUCAUGUGUGCUGGCUUUGAAGAAGGCGGCAGGGACUCAUGCCAGGGGGAUUCCGGAGGCCCACUGCAGAUACAAGCCAAGGACGGCCGAUGGUUCUUGGCUGGCAUCAUAUCGUGGGGUAUCGGAUGCGCUGAGCCCAACCUGCCGGGAGUCUGCACUCGGAUAUCCAGGUUCAAGGAGUGGAUCAUCAAGAGCACCACCUGACCUCUCACAACGCGACAGUCGUGGUCGU